CCUGUGAUUGGCUGAGGGCGUGUUCUGGGCCUAAGCGCCGCAGUGAUUGGCUGGCCCCUGAUGGUAGCGGGGCUGCAGCAGCUGGAUGCUACACACACAGCCCGGAGUCCGGGGAUGAUGAGAGCGAGAGGACGGUCCGGAGGGCGGCGGAAGAGACGAGAGGGGCCCCGGUGGGAGGACGCUGCACCAGCACAGACCUAUCUUAAUGGAUACUGACCUGGACUAUGAGCGUCCCAAUGUGGAAACCAUCAAAUGUGUUGUAGUGGGAGACAACGCUGUUGGAAAGACAAGACUGAUCUGUGCCAGAGCCUGCAAUGCAACACUCACCCAGUACCAGCUCCUCGCCACCCAUGUCCCCACGGUGUGGGCCAUUGACCAGUACAGAGUGUGCCAAGAGGUCCUAGAGCGUUCCCGUGAUGUUGUGGACGAGGUCAGCGUCUCCUUGCGCCUGUGGGACACAUUUGGAGACCAUCACAAGGACCGUCGAUUUGCUUAUGGGAGGUCUGACGUGGUGGUGCUUUGCUUCUCUUUGGCCAACCCUUAUUCUCUGCGUCAUGUCAAGAGCAUGUGGAUGCCAGAGAUUAAACACUUCUGCCCCCGGACUCCGGUGGUGCUGGUGGGGUGUCAGCUGGACCUGCGAUAUGCUGACCUGGAUGCUGUGAACCGUGCCCGCCGCCCCCUGGCCAAACCUAUAAAGCCUACAGACAUCCUGUCUCCAGAGGCUGGGCAUGAAGUGGCCAAGGAACUAGGAAUCCCAUAUUAUGAGACCAGUGUGGUGGCGCAGUUCGGGGUGAAGGACGUCUUCGACAAUGCCAUCCGGGCAGCCCUCAUUUCCAGAAGACAUUUGCAGUUUUGGAAGUCUCACUUAAAGAAAGUUCAACGUCCUUUGCUCCAAGCCCCAUUCCUACCUCCAAAGCCACCUCCACCCAUCAUACACUUCCCAGAUCCUCCACCAUGCAACGGCCAGGGCCCUGCUGCCUUGUUCUCCACCCCCCUGUGUGCUGACGUGGUGUUUCAGCUGUUGAAUGGACAGAAGAUCUUUGCUCAUAAAGUCUAUUUGGCCACUGCCUGUUCCAAAUUUUAUGACCUCUUCACAAUGGAGUUGUUGCCUGCAGAGGUGAAUGAUGAGAAACCGACACAGUGGAGUCCUGAGUUGACUGAACCUCUGAGGACCAGUAACCUUGUCGUAGAUGGGAAGCACGAGGCCUUAAAUGGACAGCCACUUAUUCUUAGGACUUCUGAUUUGGAAUGUGAUGUUGGUGAUGUGAACAUCGGGGGGAAUGCUCCUAUUGGUUGUGGCAGGAAGUUAUCAGAUUGGGGUAGAGGCUUUGUCAGCGUAAAGAUAGACACUGUAGAUGAUCCACUAACACAGCGCAAAAGAUCAAUGAUGGUCGUCAAGAUGGAUGCGCUAAUACAGGAGCAGCCGCUAAGGGCAGUGCUGGAGUACCUAUAUACUGGACACCUAAACCAGAGCCGGGCCGAACUCAUGCAGAUUGCCACCAUAGCGGAGGCCUUGGAGGUCUUCGACCUGCGUAUGAUGGUGUCCAACCUGCUGAACAAAGAAGGCUUCAUGAACCAGGAGAUCACUAAAGCCUUCCACGUGAGAAGAGCUAACCGGAUUCGGGAGUGUCUAAGCCGAGGUCUUUUCUCUGAUGUGGUGUUUACAGUGGAUGACAGCCCCGUGCCUGCCCACAAGCCGCUUCUGAUUGCAAACUGUGACUGGAUGGUGGCCAUGUUCCGGGGCUCGUUCCGGGAGAGCUUCACCCGAGGGGUCUCUCUACCUGGCACAUCAUCUUCCUGCCUGCGGGCAGUCCUGGAAUAUCUGUAUCUGGGUCACUUCUCACCAAGACCUGAGCUGGACUGUAUGGAGCUCCUCAUCCUGAGUAACCGGCUGUGUCUUCCAUACCUGCAGGCUCUGACUGAACAACACGCCGUGGAUGAGCUCCUGGCAUCCUAUGUGCAGGGAGCAGAUAUAGAUGGCCAAGUCCUACUGUAUCUGGACAUAGCACAGUUCCACAAUGCCAAGCAGCUGACUGACUGGUGCCUCCAUUACAUAUGCACCAACUACAAUGCUGUGUGCCGAAAGUUUCCCAGGGAGAUGAAGUACAUGUCACCAGAUAACAAGAGCCACUUUGAGCGCUGCCGUUGGCCCCCUGUGUGGUACCUGAAGGAGGAAGACCGCUACUUGCGCUGCAAGAAGGAGCGUGAACGCGAAGAGGAGCUGAUCCGUAAGCAGCACAUCAAGAGCAAGUGGUGCUUCUGGCGGCCAUCGUCCUCCUCAUCGUCUGUGUCCUGA